GGUGGGAACGAGAUUCGCCAUCGUUGCGUUGUGCGAAAGCAGUCCGUCGUGCGAUGUUGAUAAAGGUGAAAUUAAAUGGCGCGAAAAAACUGUUCGUCAAUGACACCAGUCUGCUAGCGGGAAUCGCCAUUGUCCUGCUGUUGUUGGUCGGUUAUGCUCCCUCGAGGUCGCGGGGAGCUCCGACCUGGGACCGAGUGGAAAUUGUUACGUCCAGCCAGGUUCCCACGAAAUACAUGUUUGAUUUCAUGCGUCGAUACGGUUACCUGGAGAAAGGCCCCAACCAGGCGGAAGCGUUGUACAGCGAGGAGGCUGUAGUAGAGGCAAUCAAGAACAUCCAGCGUUACGGGGCGCUACCGGAAACGGGACAACUGGAUCAUGACACGAUUAAGCUGAUGAGUUCCCCCCGUUGUGGAGUCAAGGAUUUUACCGAAAACCACGAUCACUCGGCGCGACAACGGCGCUUUGUAAUUGGCUCAGAGAGUUGGCGUAAGAGGAAAAUUACUUACUUCAUUGCCAACUGGAGUAGCAAAGUAGGCGAGGACUCGGUUGCCAAGUUCAUGCAGAAAGCCUUCGACGAGUGGGCCAAAUACAGCAACCUGCGAUUCGUUCGGGUGUAUGAUCCUUCCGCAGAUAUCAUAGUAGGCUUUGGCAGUGGGCACCACGGAGACAACUACCCGUUCGAUGGUCCAGGUAACAUCUUAGCCCACGCUUUCUACCCGUACGAAAUGAACGCCUAUGGCGGGGACAUCCACUUCGACGAAGACGAAAACUGGAAAGAAAAUUCAUCCCAGCUGGCUGAAGGUGUUGAUUUCUACUCGGUUGCGAUUCACGAACUUGGUCACUCGCUAGGGUUAGCCCAUUCCCCUGUGUAUUCGUCACUGAUGUUUCCGUACUACAAAGGAAUCACCCAGGGGACACUGGACUACGAUGAUAUUCUAGCAGUGUACAAACUGUACAUUCAAAACCCCUACAUCACUGAUGAACCCUUCUAUCCGAUAAACACGACCAACUCAGUGGAAGAAGAUAGUGAGGAAUACGAAGAACGCACAGAACAAGUACCAGGAGAACCUGCGUCGAAGCUGCCGGACUUCGUCACCGAUUCUGUUUCUAGCGACGUUGAACCGACGACUAAACUGUAUGAUCUACCGAUAACGUACGUUGGAGAUUACACUACCGUGGAUGAUCACAUAACCAGGUAUUACGGUAGUGACCACACCACAAACGUAGUUACGCAACCUGAGCCGCAGUACACAGAAAUACCGGACGUGUGUGUCGGUAGUUUUGAUGCGGUUGGCGUCCUGCGAGGGGAAGUGUUCAUCUUCAAGGGGGCCUACUUGUGGCGCCUGACGGAGAAGUACCGGAUUAAGGAAGGCUACCCGGUUAAAAUUUGGCAAGUGUUCAAACACUUCCCAACAUAUAUCACCAGAAUUGAUGCAGUGUACGAGCGGGAGUUUGACAACAGUAUUGUUCUGUUUUCGGGAAAUAGGUAUUGGAUUUUCGAUGGGCAAAACUUCCUUCAUCCUGAUGCUCGUUCAAUCACCGAUUUUGGGUUACCGAGUAGCUUGGAAAAGAUAGACGCAGCGAUGGUUUGGGCGAAAAAUCAAAAAACCUACUAUUUUGCGGGCGACCAAUUCUGGCGGUACAAUGACACGGCGCAGAGAAUGGACGAAGGUUACCCGAUGUCGAUUGAUCGAUGGUUUGGAAUUCCAUCGAAUCUGGAUGCAGCCACAUCCGGCGCCAACGGGAAAACCUACUUCUUCAAAGGAAACUACUAUUGGCUCUACAACAACGAACGGGUCCGGCCGGAACGGGGCUACCCUCGGAAAGCUAGCAAUAUAUGGCUCGGUUGCCGGUAAAAAAUAAAACAUUAAACUUAUCCUCACUGCCAGAAUCAAAGAAAAUAAAU